AUGUCCCAGAACGUCAAGAUCUUCUACCAGCCUCAGUACGAGGACCGAAUCUGCGAGAACGGCUACGUCGUCUUCGUCAACUCGGAGGAGUCCCUCGAAAAGUGGAGAGCCGACCCCUCCACCAACAUUGUCAACAUUGUCGCCGCCUACCAGGUCUGGACCACCGGCAAGCAGGGAGUCAACGGAGAACUCAACGAGCCCUCCAACCUGCAGCUCGACACCGACUGGGGAACCCACAAGGUCGACGACAUUAUCCCCAUCAUUCUCAAGGAGGGCUCCUCCAAGGGCUCCGCCAACCUCGGCCACAAGUUUGGAACCACAAACGCUUCCAUGGGCCCCCGAGUGGCCCACUAA